AUCCCAACUGUCCUCUUCUUUUUCUGUUCCACAAGAAAUCAUUUCUCUGCUUAGUGGCCACGAAGCUCUUCGCCGGCCCAAACCCGCCGAAAGAAAUCAAAGAAUUACGCAAAGCUUGAUUCUUUUAACCCCAGAGAUCCAAAUCUGAAGAACUCAGUUCCCGCAGAUCUUCGUUAAAACUUGCGACCUCACAGAUCCCGAGUGUACCCCUCGCCGCAUACCCGUCUCAAUUCUCUCUUGGGCUAUCAGAAACUUCCCUCAAACGUUAUUUUUCUGGGAAUUAACGACUGGAAGCCAAAUUUUGGAAUCUCGGGGAAGUUGCAUAUAGCUAAAGUAUGAGGCGAAGGGCGGCUGAUUUUCGAAGGCCAGUAAGAAGGAGGGUUCCUGAUGUGUUAUGGUGGGCAUUGUUCAGCGUAGUAGUUCUUCUCUUUAUUUAUGUUUUGAGCAAAGGGAAUCAGGUUCAGUCUAGACCCGCUUUAUCCAAGAGAAUGUACAAACAUGAUAGGAUUAUGGAAGGCCUUAAUAUUACGGAAGAGAUGUUAAGCCCCGACUCGGUGACCAGACAACUGAAUGACCAGAUAUCCUUAGCGAAAGCUUUUGUUGUCAUUGCAAAAGAAAGUAACAAUCUUCAAUUUGCUUGGGAAUUAAGUGCCCAGAUCCGCAAUUCAAAGAUUCUGCUCUCGAAGGCUGCUACAAGGCGUGUCCCUUUAACAACCAUGGAAUCAGAACAUUCCAUCCGUGAGAUGGCAGUAUUGCUAUACCAGGCCCAACAGCUGCAUUAUGACAGUGCAACAAUGAUAAUGAGACUGAAGGCCAAAAUUCAAAGUCUUGAAGAACAAUCGAGUUCUGUAUCUGAAAAGAGUUCAAAAUAUGGACAAAUAGCUGCUGAAGAAGUCCCAAAAAGCCUAUACUGUCUUGGUGUCCGGCUGACAACUGAAUGGUUCAGAAACCUUAAUCUGCAAAAGAAAUUGAUGGAAAAGAGGCAAAUGGAGCUGAAGCUAAAGGACAACAAUCUUUACCACUUUUGCGUGUUCUCCGAUAACAUAAUUGCCACUUCAGUAGUUGUCAAUUCAACUGCAAUAAACUCUAAAAAUCCCGAAAUGGUAGUUUUCCACCUUGUCACUGAUGAAAUAAAUUAUGCUGCGAUGAAGGCAUGGUUUGCCAUGAAUGACUUCCGAGGAGUGACUGUUGAGGUUCAGAAGUUUGAAGACUUCAGCUGGUUGAAUGCUUCAUAUGUUCCUGUUCUUAAGCAACUUCAAGACUCGGAAAUACAGAACUACUACUUUUCUGGCAACAGUGAUGAUGGCAAGACGCCAAUUAAGUUUCGGAACCCUAAAUAUCUCUCCAUGCUUAAUCACCUAAGGUUUUAUAUUCCUGAAGUUUUUCCUGCCCUGAAGAAGGUGGUGUUUCUUGAUGAUGAUGUCGUGGUUCAGAAGGAUCUCUCUCCACUUUUCUCCAUCGAUUUGAAUGGCAAUGUUAACGGAGCUGUUGAGACGUGCAUGGAGACAUUUCAUAGAUACCAUAAAUACCUGAAUUACUCCCAUCCUCUUAUACGAGCACAUUUUGAUCCUGACGCAUGUGGAUGGGCAUUUGGGAUGAAUGUAUUUGAUUUGGUUGAAUGGAGGAAAAGGAAUGUCACAGGCAUCUACCACUACUGGCAGGAAAAGAAUGUUGAUCGGACAUUAUGGAAACUUGGUACGUUACCACCCGGCCUGUUGACAUUUUACGGUUUAACUGAACCCUUGGAUUCGUUAUGGCAUGUAUUGGGAUUCGGCUACACUACUGUUGAUCCUCAGUUAGUAGAGAAAGGAGCUGUGCUACACUUCAAUGGAAACUCCAAACCAUGGUUGAAGAUUGCGAUUGAGAAGUACAAGCCAAUGUGGGAGAAAUAUGUCGAUUAUUCUCAUCCUUUAUUGCAAAAAUGCAACUUUCAUUGAUUUAUAACCAUGCUUUAUUGGGGACUCCUAAGUUCAACGUUGGUCCAUGGCUAGGCCUUGAAUCGUACAAGCCCCUGCUGACUGAUGAUUAUCCUCUGUUGUUAUUGCAACUGUGCGUUUUCCACCGACCAUGGAACCAGAAGGUUGGGUGAUCCCGUGCACAGACAAGCUGGGUUUUGAGGUUUGAAUUUUGCAGCCUGAACCAAGAAAUGCCUGUACAAUUUUUUUUGUAGUAACAUGGGAGUACGCAUUUGAUUCUUGAUAUUCUGUUGUAGCAUAUGGAUGUUGAUUGUUAUUGGAUUAUAUUAACUUAGAAGGAAUUUUAGUUAGUCCAUGUCGUCGUGCAGAACUGCGAGCUACAUUUAACCCUUUUUCACUGGAGCUUUCCAUAUAUGUUCACG